GAGGCGGCGGCGGCAGCAGCGGCGACGGCUCCGGCGGCUCCUCCUCCUCCUCUGGUGGCGGCGGCGCCCCGGGCCUGAGCCCCGGCCCCGGCUCCCCUCUCCGCCACCCCGCGCGCCCCCACUUCCCCCGGUGCCGCGGGGAACAUGAGGCUCCGCUCCCGGAGGCAGGCGAGUGAGUGACCCCCGUCCCCCGCCUCAGCCCGCCCGCCCGCUGGCCCGGCCGCUCCCCCCCCGCCUCGCCCAGGCAAUGACAGCGGCUCCGCCGUCUCCGCAGCAGAUCAGGGACCGGCUGCUGCAGGCCAUCGACCCCCAGAGCAACAUCCGGAACAUGGUGGCGGUGCAGGAAGUCAUCUCCAGCCUGGAGAAAUACCCCAUUACCAAAGAGGCACUGGAGGAAACCCGACUUGGGAAGCUCAUCAACGACGUCCGCAAGAAGACGAAGAACGAGGAGCUCGCCAAGCGGGCCAAGAAGCUGCUGCGGAGCUGGCAGAAGCUCAUCGAGCCCGUGCACCAGAAUGAGGCUGCACUGCGGGGGCUGGCGGGUGCCCCCGGCUCGGCCAACGGGGGCGCCCAUAACUGCCGGCCGGAGGCAGGGGUGGCCGGCCCGCCCAAGAGCAUCCAUGACCUGAAGAACCGCAAUGACAUCCAGAGGCUGCCCGGGCAGCGGCUGGACAGGCUGGGCAGCCGCAAGCGCCGGGGGGACCAGCGCGACCUCGGUCACCCUGGGCCACCUCCCAAGGUCUCCAAAGUGAGCCACGACUCCCUGGUAGCCAACUCGUCCCCCCUCCCCACCAACGGGAUCAGUGGGAGCCCUGAGAGCUUCCCCGGCCCCCUGGACGGCAGUGGGCACGUGGGCCCCGAGGGCAGCCGCCUGGAGCACAGCGAGAAUGACAAGCACAGUGGCAAGAUCCCCGUCAAUGCCGUGAGGCCACACACCAGCUCCCCGGGCCUGGGCAAGCCCCCCGGGCCCUGCCUGCAGACGAAGGCUGCGGUGCUGCAGCAGCUGGACAGGGUGGACGAGACUCCAGGUCCCCCCCACCCCAAGGGGCCGCCUCGCUGCUCUUUCAGUCCCCGGAACUCACGGCACGAGGGCUCCUUUGCCCGGCAGCGGAGCCCGUACACAUACAAGGGCUCCGUGCCCAGUCCCUCGCCUCGGCCCCAGUCACUCGAUGCCACACAGGUGCCAUCACCGCUUCCGCUGGCCCAGCCGUCCACGCCCCCCGUGCGGCGGCUCGAGCUGCUGCCCAGUGCAGAGAGCCCGGUGCGCUGGCUGGAGCAGCCUGAGGGCCACCAGCGGCUCGCGGGGUCGGGCUGCAAGGCAGGGCUGCCACCGGCCGAGCCCCUCCUGCCCCGGGCAGGCUUCUCCCCGGACUCCUCCAAGGCAGACAGCGAUGCUGCCUCCUCCGGUGGCUCGGACAGCAAAAAGAAGAAGAGGUACCGGCCUCGUGACUACACGGUUAACUUGGACGGGCAGGUGGCCGAGGCAGGUGUCAAGCCUGUCCGGUUAAAAGAGCGGAAGCUCACCUUUGACCCCAUGACGAGACAGAUCAAACCUCUGACCCAGAAAGAGCCAGUGCGGGCUGACAGCCCUGUGCACACAGAGCAGCCGAGGACAGAGCUGGACAAGCCCGAGGCCAAGGCCAGCCUCCAGAGCCCUUUUGAACAGACGAACUGGAAGGAGCUGUCGCGCAACGAGAUCAUCCAGUCCUACCUGAGCCGGCAGAGCAGCCUGCUCUCGUCGUCGGGCGCACAGACCCCGGGCGCUCACCACUUCAUGUCCGAGUACCUGAAGCAGGAGGAGAGCACUCGGCGCGGGGCCCGGAAGCCGCACGUGCUGGUGCCUCACGGCCCACCCACGGACCUCCCAGGGCUAAGCCGUGAGGUCACGCAGGACGAUCUGGACAGGAUCCAGGCCCAUCAGUGGCCGGGGGUGAACGGGUGUCAGGACACACAGGGUAACUGGUAUGACUGGACGCAGUGCAUAUCGCUCGACCCGCACGGCGACGACGGGCGGUUGAACAUUCUGCCUUAUGUCUGCUUGGACUGACUGGCCUGUCGGGCUCUAAGUGCAUUCCCACCUUGCAGUCAGCCAUAGAGGGCGGGCGCCAGGGCCCGGCCGCCUCCAGUGGUUGGGAAUCCGGAGUGGGGGG